AUUCCCGACUCCCGAAACAGGAGUAGUUGACUGUCGGAGUACCCAAGCCGCGAAUUGGCUCGAGCCGAAUCUUCAAUUUUCCGCUGCCGCGCGAGCUUUCUGGACUGAGGGUGAAGGAUCCGUUCUAUUCUACAGAGCGGGAAAAUAAAGGGAAACCCUAAUUCUCAGAACCAGAAGAUGGUGAGCUCUCCGGUGGUGAAUACGUACCCUCUGUCGAGCUACACGUUCGGCACCAAAGAGCCCAAGAUGGAGAAGGACACCUCCGUCGCUGAUCGCCUCGCCCGCAUGAAAGUCAACUAUAUGAAAGAAGGGAUGAGGACAAGUGUUGAAGCUAUUCUUCUGGUACAAGAACACAAUCAUCCGCACAUACUUCUUCUGCAAAUUGGAAACACCUUCUGCAAACUUCCAGGCGGACGUUUGAAGCCAGGGGAAAAUGAAAUUGAAGGUUUGAAGAGGAAAUUGACGAGCAAGCUUGGAGCUAAUUCACCUGCUCUUGUUCCAGAUUGGCAGAUUGGUGAGUGUGUGGCUAUCUGGUGGAGGCCAAACUUUGAAACCAUAAUGUAUCCAUAUUGCCCUCCUCACAUAACAAAGCCCAAGGAAUGUAAGAAGCUCUUUCUUGUUCACUUGUCUGAAAGAGAGUACUUUGCAGUCCCCAAAAAUUUGAAACUUCUCGUUGUUCCAUUGUUCGAACUGUAUGACAAUGUGCAGAGAUAUGGUCCUGUGAUAUCAACCAUCCCUCAACAACUUUCAAGAUUCCGGUUCAACAUGAUUAGCACUUGAAUUAUGCCUGCCAUUUCAAGGAUUGACGUCUUAGCUGCCCGAAACUGAAAGAGCGUCAAGACUAGUUAUUGUAUCUGACGAGCCGACACCUUGAUGGAUGAUGAUACUUUUUGUUGACAGACUUCAGAAGUUUGAUUGAAUGUUGUACUCUUUGAUCUGUUCAUGUUGUGUGCCCUGUUGGAAUUUGUCUAUUGGUUAUUUUUAAGGUUUAACUAAUGUAUUGGGUUAAUUAGUGCGCACAUGUUUAGUAAGGCUUAUUUUAGAGAACUAAUUAGUUGUAUUGUAGUUCUUAAGCUGCCUAUGCUGACCUUAGAAUCAAAACCUCCAGACCUAUAUCUCUUAGAAAUUUCUGUAGAUGUACUAUCCAAUGGGACACUCCAUUAGGAUGUGACUCGUAGUUGAGACCAAUCCCUUAUUAGGCAGUGCACGUACCUCCCAAAUUCCAAGUCGCCUAGCUUAGAACAAGCUAGCAGGGCAGAGACAAAAGUGUAGCCAUCGGGCAACAACCCUUCGGACUGCAUUUGAAGAAAGAGAGAUAAUG